UGAGCGCCCGCUGUGAGGUGUCGGAUAUCAGAAGGUCACUCAGGACCGAUUUGUCGGCUGCGCCAUUUUGGGGUGCCUCGGAUCUGGGUUGGAAAAUGAAGACAUAAAUACACAGACCAUGGCAGCGUGGUACAAAUUGAAAGAUGAGGACGACGUGCAGCUGGAGGGCCGCACCUACACGUCUCCCGCGCAGAACGUCACCCUAGUGUCCGGCCUGUGUCGUCUGCGGGACGAGGAACUGCUGUGCGAUGUCACCUUGGUGGCCGGAAGGGUCUCAUACCGGGUUCACCGCGCCGUCCUGGCCGCGUCCAGCGACUACUUCCGGGUCAUGUUCACCAGCGGGAUGAAGGAGUGUUCGGAAGAUACCAUUACUCUGGAGGGGGUUUCACCUGACGGGUUGAGAAGAGUGAUCGACUUCAUGUACACAACCACCAUCACCCUUACGGAGAGCACCAUUGUUGCUACGCUGGAUACAGCCAGUCAGCUCCAGAUACAACCGGUUCUGGAACUUUGUGGAGAGUACAUCGUCGAACAAAUGGAUGAAGAAAACUGCUUCGACAUUCUGCGCGUGGCCAACCUGUACGGUUUGAACACGGUGGAGAAAUACGUGGGGAAGUUUGUGUUAGAAAAGAUGUCGGAAACGACGGACUUCUUGGACAUGAGCGAAGAGAGCCUAACAGCUGCUCUGACCAAUGACAGGCUAGAUCUGAAGGAGAUCGAACUCUUCGAACUCGUGGUGAAAUGGCUGAAGCACAAGUACGAAUCCCGCAAGAAAUACGCCGCGAAGCUCAUGCGCAAAAUCCGCUUUCCUCUGAUGACAGAGUCUGAUCUUGUUCGAAAGGUGAAGUACUCCGAGGUGAUGUGGGACAGUCCCGAGUGUAAAGAGAUGGUGAAGGAGGCCGCGGACUACCACGCCUACCCGUACCACCAGAACACGAUGCAGUCGGAGCGCACACGGCUGCGGUACGGGCGGCAUGUCGCCAUUGCUGUGGGCGGCAAGAUCAAGAGGGAAGGGCCGCUCGAACAGUGCGAUAUGGUGCUGUGUUACAACAGGGACACCCAUUCCUGGGAGGAGCUGACGCGGCUGCCCGCCCGGCUGAAGAACCAUUCCAUCACGUCAGUAGCGGUGAUGGACGGGUUCCUGUACGUCUGCGGGGGGCAGAACCAGUACGGCAACGUGGGCAGACACAUCCUGCGGUCUGCGUUCAGAUACGACCCAAGGUUCGACGAGUGGCUCCGGCUGGCGAACAUGCAGCAGGAGCGGGCGAGUUUCGCGCUGGGCGGGCUGGACGGCAAGCUGUACGCCGUGGCCGGGAUGGACGAGAACGGCAACCUGCGCACUGCCGAGAGGUACGACCCUGUGUCCAACUGCUGGUCUUACGUCACGUCCCUCUCCACCAACCUGUCCCACCACGCAGGCGCGGUGCUGGACGGGAAGAUCAUGAUCACGGGAGGCUUCAACGGCGACGAGAUCCACAACCAGCUGCAGUGCUACGAUCCAAAACAUGACAAGUGGAUCCAGAAGUCGUCGAUGGUGAUCGAGCGGUUCGGGCACACGUCUGUGGCGCUGCGGGACCGACUGUACGUGAUGGGCGGGUGUAACUGCACACCGGAGGGGCACAUCGUGGACGUGCUGGGCCUGGAGGGGUACAACAUGGACACGGACCAGUGGGCGGUGGUGGCGCCCAUGAUCACUGGACAGAGCUACGCAGGUGCAGCUGUGCUAGGCACGUCCAUUUUCAUCGUGGGGGGUUGGACCAGGAACGACAAGAAGGUCCACAAGUGCGUGUACGCGUAUGACGUGGAGCGGGACGAGUGGCGCCGGGAGGGCGACCUGCCCGAGAGAACCAUGGACCUCAUGGCGUGUGCCAUCACCCUGCCGGAGGAGAGGAUGACGAAAAACAGCAAAUAAGUAUAAGAAAACAGCAGGAAGGAAAUUGUAUCAAGUCCACGUGGCGAUGAAUAGCAAGUAAUCUUGACCAGUAAAGGACAAUAGCAAGAAUACAUACAUACUAAAACGAUUAUGCAUAAAACAAUAACCAGCAUACUUCUUGAUGUUGGAUGGAGAACCGAGGAGGUUGUAAACGCCGAGCUUCAAAUACCUUGAGGUCGAGGACAGACAAGAAACGAAAGUAACAAAUGUUCAUCCUUUCAAUAUGACAAAACCUACCAUAUACCCUGAUCUUAAGGUCUUAAACGUUGUAAGUUUGUUUUAAAAAGUCACCUUCAGAAUUCUACGGGACUCGAGUGCGACAUUGUUCCACGGACCGUCACUAUUUAGGUACGUACAUGUAUCAAUGACCCAUCUGGUUUCAUUGAAGGUUAGCUCCCCUGGAAUAUAUCAACGCACUAAAUAGACAACAAAAGUUUGCUUCAGCUGCUAAAAUUGAUAUUGAUAAGGUUAUGGUAUAUAACAGUAGUUAAACGCUCGUGUGAUACCUAGAGCAAUGCCCGUAAUGAUAGACUAGCAGUCACGUAUUUUAUCCAACCAUACUAUUGUCAACUUUUGUCGGGCAACUAUUGGUACGUAACAUGUCCCAUCAGUCAUACUGUUAGGUACCAAAUUUCUCUUCUUGUUAAUUGUAUCUUUCGUAUUUGUCAUAGUACUUGAAAUUGUAUUCUGCAAACUAUAUCAUUGCGCUAUUCCAAAAUGUGAAAUGUACCAAUGUUAAAAGUAUUAUCAUUAAA